CUGGCGAGAGGGACUUGGGCGCGCCGACGCUGCUCGGACUGCAGCGCCGCCGCAGCUGGCCGUCUGCUCUGGCUUCCCUCUCGCUGCUCCGGGGCAUGCAAGGACUGAGCUGCUGGCGGUAGAAGAAAGGACUUUGUCGGGAGCGCGGGACAAGGGCGCGCGCACGCGGCUUCGAGCGCGGGCGGCCACUCUCGGCUGCAAGUUGGUGCCGAGCCCCCAGCGCGCGCCGCCUGCGGAGCGCCGGGCAGGGUGAGAGGCCGCAGGAGCGCGAUGGGCGCCCUCGAGAAGCUCCGCGCGCCGUCGGUGGCACUGGGACUGCUGCUGGGUGCGGUGCUGGGACGCCUGGGCCCGGCCGAGGGCAGCGGUCCGGGCAGCUCGGGGGCACUGGGGCAGUCUUCCGAGGUCGCCGCCGAGCGCCUGUGUCCCGCUCCUUGCCGGUGCCUCGGGGACCUCCUGGACUGCAGCCGCCAGCGGCUGGCGCGCCUGCCCGAGUCUCUCCCGCCCUGGGUCGCUCGCCUGGACUUGAGUCACAACAGAUUGUCUUUCAUCAAGGCAAAUUCCACAAGCCACCUUCAAAACCUUCGAGAAGUGAAACUGAACAACAAUGAAUUGGAGACUAUUCCGAAUCUAGGACCAGUCUCAGCCAAUAUUACACUUCUGUCCUUAGCUGGAAACAGAAUUGUUGAAAUAUUACCUGAACAUCUGAAACAAUUUCAAUCCCUUGAAACUUUGGACCUGAGCAACAAUAAUAUUUCAGAGCUUAAAACUCCCCUUCCAUCCCUACAACUCAAAUAUCUGUAUCUCAGUAGCAACCGAGUCACUUCAAUGGAACCUGGGUAUUUUGACAGUCUGGCCAACACACUUCUGGUGUUGAAGCUGAACAGGAACCGGCUCUCAGCUAUCCCGCCCAAGAUGUUUAAACUGCCCCAGCUACAACACCUUGAACUGAACCGCAACAAGAUUAAAAACGUAGAUGGGCUCACAUUCCAAGGACUCAGUGCUCUAAAGUCUCUGAAAAUGCAAAGAAAUGGAGUAACAAAACUUAUGGAUGGCGCUUUUUGGGGGCUGAGCAACAUGGAAAUCUUGCAGCUGGACCAUAACAACCUAACAGAGAUCACCAAAGGCUGGCUUUACGGCUUGCUGAUGCUGCAGGAACUUCAUCUCCGCCAAAAUGCCAUCAGCAGGAUCAGCCCUGAUGCCUGGGAGUUCUGCCAGAAACUCAGCGAGCUGGACCUCACUUUCAAUCACUUAUCGAGGUUGGAUGAUUCAAGCUUCCUGGGCUUAAGCUUACUAAAUACACUGCACAUUGGGAAUAACAAAGUCAGCUAUAUUGCUGAUUGUGCCUUCCGGGGGCUUUCCAGUCUAAAGACUUUGGAUCUGAAGAACAAUGAAAUUUCCUGGACUAUUGAAGAUAUGAACGGUGCUUUCUCUGGGCUUGACCAACUGAGGCGGCUAAUCCUCCAGGGAAACCGGAUUCGAUCUAUUACCAAAAAAGCCUUUACCGGUUUGGACGCAUUAGAACAUCUAGAUCUGAGUGACAACGCAAUCAUGUCCUUACAAGGCAAUGCAUUUUCACAAAUGAAGAAACUUCAGCAAUUGCAUUUAAAUACAUCAAGCCUUUUGUGCGAUUGCCAACUAAAAUGGCUCCCACAGUGGGUGGCGGAAAACAACUUUCAGAGCUUUGUAAAUGCCAGUUGCGCCCAUCCUCAGCUGCUAAAAGGAAGAAGUAUUUUUGCUGUUAGCCCAGAUGGCUUUGUGUGCGAUGACUUUCCUAAACCCCAGAUCACUGUUCAGCCAGAAACACAGUCGGCAAUAAAAGGUUCCAAUUUGAGUUUUGUCUGCUCGGCCGCCAGCAGCAGUGAUUCUCCAAUGACGUUUGCUUGGAAAAAAGACAAUGAACUACUGCAUGAUGCCGAAAUGGAAAACUAUGCACACCUGCGGGCCCAAGGUGGCGAGGUGAUGGAGUACACCACCAUCCUCCGGCUCCGCAACGUGGAGUUUACCAGUGAAGGGAAGUACCAGUGCGUCAUCUCCAAUCACUUCGGUUCAUCCUACUCGGUCAAAGCCAAGCUUACAGUCAACAUGCUUCCUUCCUUCACCAAGACCCCCAUGGACCUCACCAUCCGUGCCGGGGCCAUGGCACGCUUGGAGUGUGCUGCCCUGGGACAUCCAGCCCCACAGAUAGCCUGGCAAAAGGAUGGGGGCACAGACUUCCCCGCCGCGAGGGAGAGACGCAUGCAUGUCAUGCCCGAGGAUGAUGUGUUCUUUAUCGUGGAUGUGAAGACAGAGGACAUCGGGGUUUAUAGCUGCACAGCUCAGAACAGUGCCGGGAGCAUUUCUGCAAACGCCACUCUGACUGUCCUAGAAACCCCAUCAUUUUUACGGCCCUUGUUGGACCGAACCGUCACCAAGGGAGAAACCGCCGUCCUGCAGUGCAUCGCUGGAGGCAGCCCUCCUCCCAGACUGAACUGGACCAAGGAUGACAGCCCCUUGGUGGUCACCGAAAGGCACUUUUUUGCAGCAGGCAAUCAGCUGCUGAUCAUCGUGGACUCUGAUAUCAGUGAUGCCGGGAAAUACACGUGUGAGAUGUCUAACACCCUCGGCACGGAGAGAGGCAACGUGCGCCUCAGCGUGAUCCCCACUCCCACUUGUGACUCCCCUCAGAUGACCGCCUCGUCGUUAGAUGAUGAUGGAUGGGCCACCGUGGGUGUCGUGAUCAUAGCAGUGGUUUGCUGUGUGGUGGGCACGUCGCUCGUGUGGGUGGUCAUCAUAUACCACACAAGGCGGAGGAAUGAAGAUUGCAGCAUUACCAACACAGAUGAGACCAACUUGCCCGCAGAUAUCCCUAGUUACUUGUCAUCUCAGGGAACCUUAGCCGACAGACAGGAUGGGUACAUCUCAGAAAGUGGAAGCCACCACCAGUUCGUCACGUCUUCAGGAGGCGGGUUUUUCUUACCACAACACGACGGCAAUGGGACGUGUCAUAUUGACAAUAGUAGUGAAGCCGACGUGGAAGUUGCCGUGGAUCCAUUCCUUUGUCCCUUUUUGGGCUCCUCGGGCCCUGUGUAUUUGAAGGGGAAUGUGUACAGCUCAGAUCCAUUUGAAGCCUAUCACACAGGUUGUGGCCCUGACCUGAGAACAGCCUUAAUAGACCACUGUGAGCCCAGUUACAUAAAGAAAAAGGAGUGCUACCCAUGUCCUUACCCUUCAGAAGAAUCCUGUGAACAGAGUGUCAGUGACAUAGGAUGGCCUUCCCAUGUGAGGAAGUUAAUCAGCUCUCCUUACUCUCAAAGUGAAGGACCUGGAAUGAAAAGUGUGUGUCUAAACAAGUCCUCUUUGGAUUUUAGUCCAAGUCCAGAGCCUGCAUCCGUUACUUCAAGUAAUUCUUUCAUGGGAACAUUUGGAAAGCCUCUGAAGAGAGCUCAUCUGGAUGCCUUUUCAAGCUUUGGACAGCCAGUGGAUUGUCAGCCAAGAGCCUUUCCCUUGAAAGCUCAUUCUUCUCCAGACUUGGACUCUGAGUCAGAGGAAUAUGGGAAAGAAAGGACAGAUUUUCAGCAAGAAAAUCACACGUGUACCUAUAAACAGACCUUAGAAAACCAUAGGACUCCACAUUUUCAGUCUUAUGACUUGGACACAUAGACUGAAUGGGAGCAAAGAAGAGCUCAAACAUACUACCUCAAGUGGACUUUUAUUUAAAAGAGAGAAUCCUAUGUUUUUUAAUGGAGUUAUGAAUUUUAAAAGGAUAAAAUGUCUUAUUUAUACAGAUGGACCAAAAUUACAAAAUGUUAUAAAAAUUUUAUACUGGGAGUAACUUUCAUAUAAGAAUACCUUUUUAAACUAUUUUAACUUUGUUUUAUGCAAAAAAAAAACCCAUAUGUAAAUUAAUGGUAUGAAUCCAUGACUAUUUUAUGUAUUUUUAUAAUGCCAGAUUCCUUUUUAUUGAAAGCAAGUACUAAAGCAUUUUAAAUAAUACCUGUCUUGUACCCUUUUUAAAUAGAGUUCACUUAAUUUUAUUUUGCACACUGCAUUUAAUAAAAUGUGUCAUUUUGAUCCCAA